UGCAAGAGUUUUUCACGUGACAUUUUGGGAACGAAAAUUCUUCUAUUCAAUAUCUUUAGUGAACUGAUUCAUUUUAUUUCACAUCGCUUGAUCAAUUUUCAAAAAUAAUUUUUCCAUAAUUUCAAUUGGAAUUGGAAGCAUCGAUAUGAACCGUCAACAGGCCAGUCGAGAGCAUGUUUUAGCUGUUUCAAGAGAUUUUAUUUCUCAACCCCGUUUGACCUACAAAACUGUGUCGGGUGUAAAUGGACCAUUAGUUAUUUUGGACCAGGUUAAAUUCCCUAAGUAUGCUGAAAUUGUUCAACUAAAACUGAACGAUGGCACUGUUCGGUCUGGCCAAGUACUUGAAGUAAGUGGUGACAAAGCCGUUGUUCAAGUAUUUGAAGGCACAUCUGGAAUCGAUGCUCGCAAUACAAUCUGCGACUUCACUGGAGACAUUUUACGGACACCAGUUUCCGAAGAUAUGUUGGGUCGAGUAUUUAACGGCUCUGGCAAACCUAUUGACAAGGGACCUCCAAUUUUGGCGGAAGACUUUUUAGAUAUCCAAGGACAACCUAUCAAUCCAUGGUCCCGUAUCUAUCCAGAAGAAAUGAUUCAAACCGGUAUUUCUGCCAUCGAUGUCAUGAAUUCUAUUGCUCGAGGGCAAAAAAUUCCUAUUUUCUCAGCUGCUGGUUUGCCUCACAACGAAAUUGCUGCCCAAAUUUGUAGACAAGCUGGCCUUGUGAAGACACCUGGAAAAUCUGUACUCGAUGACCAUGAGGACAAUUUUGCCAUUGUCUUUGCUGCUAUGGGUGUCAAUAUGGAGACCGCACGGUUCUUUAAGCAAGACUUUGAAGAAAAUGGUUCUAUGGAAAAUGUUUGUUUGUUCUUAAACUUGGCUAAUGAUCCAACAAUUGAGCGUAUUAUUACGCCACGUUUGGCCUUAACCGCAGCAGAAUUUAUGGCAUAUCAAUGUGAAAAACAUGUUUUGGUCAUUUUAACAGACAUGUCCUCAUAUGCUGAGGCUUUGCGUGAAGUAUCUGCAGCUAGAGAAGAAGUACCUGGUCGUCGAGGUUUCCCAGGUUACAUGUACACUGAUUUAGCAACAAUUUAUGAACGUGCAGGACGUGUAGAGGGUCGCAAUGGUUCAAUCACGCAAAUUCCAAUUUUGACUAUGCCCAAUGAUGAUAUUACUCAUCCAAUUCCCGACUUGACUGGAUAUAUUACUGAAGGGCAGAUUUAUGUCGAUCGACAACUUCAUAAUCGUCAAAUUUAUCCACCAAUCAACGUAUUGCCAUCGUUGUCACGUUUGAUGAAAUCGGCCAUUGGUGAAGGAAUGACUCGUAAAGAUCAUUCAGAUGUUUCAAAUCAGUUGUAUGCUUGUUAUGCUAUUGGUAAAGACGUGCAAGCCAUGAAAGCAGUUGUAGGAGAAGAGGCAUUGACUCCUGAUGAUCUAUUGUACCUUGAGUUUUUGUCCAAAUUCGAAAAGAAUUUCAUCUCACAGGGUAACUAUGAGAAUCGUACUGUUUUUGAAAGUUUAGAUAUUGGUUGGCAGUUAUUGCGUAUUUUCCCUAAAGAAAUGUUGAAACGUAUUCCAGCUUCAACUUUGGCCGAAUUCUAUCCAAGAGACUCGCGUCAUUAAAAAGAUCGUAUAAAAUUAAUGCAAAGUUUUCACUGUUAAUCAAGUAUUAGGCACUGUUUAAUAAUAUGCAACUAUGAUAAAUCAUUAAUUAAUUAAUGAAUUAAAUAUGUUCUUUCAACAAUAA